AUGUUAAAUCUACAUAACAUUCAACUUACGGAUAUUGCCACAUGUGGUGGACAUAGUUUAGAGCUCCUAGUUGUGCGAACCAAGCACCCACUGGUUCACAAAAUUGUCGACGGCACUCAAGACCGCGAUGCCUGCUGUCAGGAUUCACGCAAUGAUGGUAACGCAUAUGAUAUUAAUUUAAUAAAAUAUUUCAAGCGUCUUCGUCGGUCAGCUGGAUUCCCAGAUGAGCUGGCGGACUGGUCUGCCAAAAAGCAAAUUCAAGGCAAAUCUGAUUGGACCGACUCCGAAGCAUGGGACGUAAUUGUUUGA